GCUCAGCGCGUUACGUAUGUAUGGCCAUUGUGCGGCCUCGGUUCUAACCAUCGUAGACAAUGUUGACCUCCUCCUUCGCCUACCUGACUCGCAGCUUCGCGCCAUAACAGACAACUGUGUCGGUCGGAUGGGAACUGCGUAUCAUACAUGACCCAAAACACAAAUGGCUCGAGCAGCCAUGACAUUGACUCGGAGGGCCUGUUUGGAGAGGAUGCCAGCACGAUAUUCUCCUCUCUCCAGCUCUCAUGCGGACGCACCAUCCCCAACCGGCUCGUCAAGGUAGCCAUGUACGAACACAUGGCCGCGCUCUUCGGCGGGCCCCCGAACGACGCGCACCUCCAGCUCUACGCGCGCUGGGCAGCCGGCGCGUGGGGCAUGGUCUGUACGGGGAACGUGCAGGUCUGCGGGGACCACCUCUCCCUGGGCCGUGACAUGGUCGUCCCGACACACCUCACACCCGAGACGGUCGAGCCGUUCGCGCGGCUUGCAAGGACGAUCCAGUAUGGGAGUGCGGAGGGCGAGGAGAUAGCAGGAGAGAAGAAAACGUUGGCGGUGAUGCAGCUCUCGCAUACUGGGCGGCAGUCGACGAACGUCAUUGGAGGCCGCUGGCCGUUCGUGCCCCCCAUGGCGCCGAGUGCGGUCCCUGUUGGGCGGAAGCCGUCGGAGAAGGAGGGGGCCGGGUCGGCGGGGCUGUCUCGCUUGGUGCACACUGUGUUCUUCCAGACUCCUCGUCCGAUGAGUUUGUCCGAUAUCGAAGACGUUGUGGCGAACUUUGUGAGAGGGGCAGAGCUUGCGGCCGCCAGUGGAUUUGACGGGGUGCAAUUGCACGCCGCGCAUGGUUACCUCAUAGCUCAGUUCAUGUCGUCCAAGACUAACAAGCGCGAAGACAAGUAUAGCGUUCCGGAGAAUGCACUUCGCUUCUUGCGCGAGAUUGUCUUCGCCAUUCGCGAACAUAACAAGAUCCCCCGCGACUUCAUACUGGGCAUCAAGCUGAACGCAGCCGACUACGUCGACCGCCGUAACGCAGACCACAGCACAAGUCAGCCCAAUGAAGCCCUCGAGCAUGUCCGCGAGAUUGCUGAAUGGGGAAUGCUCGACUUCAUCGAAGUCAGCGGAGGCGACUACGAAGACCCCGACUUCAUGAUGAAGACACUGUCUCCCAGACAGGCGUUCUUCACAACGUUCGCGCACGAGGUCAAGCAGAUGCUCGCCGCGUCCCCGUUCUCGAAGCCCCCUCUGAUCCUCCUCACGGGUGGUCUGCGCACGCUGCCUCUCAUGUCUUCCGUCCUCAAACACGGACACGCGGACCUGCUCGGUAUCGGCCGGCUCUCAGUGCUCUGCCCCGACCUGCCUCGCACGCUCGAAGCCGCCAUAGCGGGUACCACUGAGCCAGGAAAGUUUCCUUUGGAACCCCUGCCCGAGCCUGACCUUGGAUCGCCCGUUGCACUACCAUCUCACCGGAGUAUAUUGCAUCACGCACUAGCUGCCCUCUUCAACCUGCUUGCAUCUGUCCUCACUCGCUGUUGGGCCCUGUUCCCCAUCCAACUCCCGAAGCUCGUCGGCGCAGGGACAAUUAUGGCGUGGUACAUGGUCAUGAUGCGGCGCAUGGCCGUGCGGAAAGAGGUGGAUUACAGUGUCGGCGGCAUCGAGGCCGUGCUUAGUAUGUGGCUGUGGUUCGCACCAGACUCUAGAUCUGGUGCUCGGCGAGGUCGGAGGGGGUUCGUGGGUGGCGUGCUGGAGUCGUGGUGGGCGAUGGGCGCGGUGGGUGUGAUACUGGGCUUUGUCCUUGGAAUCGGUUUGGCAAUAUGAGGCUUGCCAGGGAUCUUCCCGAAUCCCGAUCACCGUGACGAUGAUGAGUCGGUGCGAUGACAUUAAUGAUUCACACACUCCAUCGCACGAGGUAAGUACUAUAUAGCUGUUGAGAUCGCGUCAGAUGUGAUCCAGAACU